AUGGGAAGACGGUACGUCAGACUGGACUGGAGACCGCUCAGCACCUUGAACUCUUCUCUCGCAGAGCACAUGAAAAUGAAGUUUUCAUCAGUCUUCUCUCCUGGACUGGUAUGUUGUACCAAGUCAAAGACUAAACUCGCUCUGAAGCUUGACUCCAGAGCGAGUUUAGUCUUUGACUUGGUACAACAUACCAGUCCAGGAGAGAAGCCUGUUUUUCUAAAGUCUCGCCCUGUACUCUAUGCUGCUAUAACAAGGAUUUCAACCGAAAUCGAUCGACUCGUGUCUGUACACGUGCUGGAGGCCGUUGAUCACUCAGAAUGA